AUGAAUCAUAGUAGUCAAGAAACUAUGAAGAAAACCAGUGUGGUGAACCUUGAUAAACUUUUAGAUGACUUCUCAGAAAUAGAAAAGAAAAUAUCAGAAAUUAAUGAAGCAAAUAACCUACUGAUUCAUCAGCUGGAAAAAUGUAACAGAUUGCUAACAUUAAGCCAAUCAAAGGAGGAAUCAAUAAAAGAGGAAUGUAGUACUCUGCAGAUUGUGAUAAAGGGUCUAACACAAACCAUUGARAACCAAUGUAAUGUGAAAGAUGAAAAUGAUAGACUGAAGGGUACUAUUCACAUCUUGGAAGAUAAAUUAAAGACUUGUGAAGAGAAAUAUAAAGAUCAAAUUGAGAAACUCAUGAUAGAAAUUGAAAACAAAGAKGAAGACCACAAAUUAGAAAUAGCACAGUUGAAUUGCGAUAUAAAGAAAAAAUUUGAAUUAAAAGAAAUGGAAUAUAAAGAACAGAGAGAGAAAAAAGAACUGGAAAUAUUAGASCUAACAAGACAGCUAAAAAUUCAAAAUGAAGAGAAGCAAAACGAAAUAAUUAAACUGCAGAUAGAGUUCAAUGCUAAAUUGGCAAGAGCUCAGGAUAAAACCACCAAGUCAUUUUCAGAAGCUUCUGGCUUGCCACAAAGUAUYUAUCGAAGGAAGCUGCAGCAUCUUCAGGAAGAGAAAAACAAGGAAAUYGAAAUCCUCCGAAACACCAUAAGAGACUUGGAGCAACGACUUAAUAAAGGCCCAGACUUGUCCUUGAAAAGGAGGCGAUUCUGAGUAAAUGACAUGAAGUAUUUCAGUAGAACAUACAGUGCGAAGUACAGACAGUGUAUUUCAAACUGCAUCUCAA